CCGGUCGGUAAAAAAAAAACUCACAAAUCAUCACUGCACUUAUCCAACGAUCACGGGCACAUACAUGAUCAAAACGGUUCAUACAAAAAAACUUCGGAUAUCACCAGUUCAAAUGAAAUUCCAAAUAUAUCGAUGAAUACAUAUGCUGAUUAAGGAUGAAUUCCAUGAAUUUAUAAUGGUAGGCUCUGAUACCAAUUGAUGGAUAUUCAUAUACAUAUCAACAAGGCUCCAUAUGCAAUAUAUAUAUAAAUAUAUAAUAGCUAAAUCCAUAUAAAUCCAUGAAAUCAAAUAUGUAUGAAAUAAGAUUAGAACAAUACCUUGAGAAUUCAUUUGCAUUAACACUUUAGGAAGACUUAGGAAUCCAACACGAUUGAUCGGCCUAACCUUCCAAUGCUAUGUAGCUUAUGAGAUAAAGCUUAAUCCUAUAAUUGAUGGGUAUUUAUAGGACUAAUUUGAGAAUAGUAACGGUUAACCUUUCUAAUUCCUACAUUAUUGCUACAAUAAGUAGAAUAAUUUAUUAGGCUAUUUUCCGUUACUAUGUCGUUACAAUUAUCUCGUUAUUUACAUGCAUCGGGGGUCAUAACCGUUGUAUCACUUUAGUAUAAUAUAUUUAAUUUGACCCGUCACCAAAAGAAAUAUAUUAUCCCAGUAUCUACACUUUUAUUAUUUCAUGAAUAGCCACUGUAUUAUUUAUCUGAUGGUAAACACAUUUUAAUUAAUUACAUAUUAGGCCCCUUUUUAUUGUUUUCCAACAGUGUAGUCUGUGCGUGUAUAGAAUUCAUUGAAUUAGCCGUUAUGAAAAGGCCACUUGAUGAUAAUUUUGUCCGUGUUCUGUAAAAUAGUCUUGUACUGGCAAAUGAAAUCUCUUUUGAACUUAAAGGUGUAUUUUUGUACUAUUUCCAAAUGAAGUCUCAUCUCAAUCAUAAUCUGUAAGCCUACAAAGCGAUCUAGCUAGAAUGCUAGAUCUCUAAGUGUUGUAAUUGAUUCUUUAUUAGAAGUAAAAAAAUACUAAGUUAUGUGCUAUUCGUUCAUGCAUUAAGAUAUAGAAAUGUAGACCAGCUAUCCAGGAUCUCAACCAAUCAGCCUAGAGUGCUGUACGCUGUAGUUCUCAACCUUGAGUAGUGUUGUAUAUGUUGGAGGCUGGAUAUCGCCACAUUGAUGGUGCUCGAGCUUAUAACAACGAGAAAGAGAUUGGUGAAGUUCUGAAGAAGCUGUUUGCAGAUGGUGUGGUUAAGAGGGAAGAUUUGUUCAUUACCUCCAAACUCUGGUGUAGGGAUCACGUACCAGAAGAUGUACCAGUUGCACUAAACCAAACUCUGCAAGACUUGCAACUUGGUUACAUUGAUUUGUUCCUUAUACAUUGGCCUGUACGGAUGAAGAAGGACUCGGUAGGCUUUGCCCCUGAAAACCUUGCACCAACCGAUAUACCUGCGACUUGGAAAGCCAUGGAAGCACUACAUGACUCUGGUAAAGCCAGAGCCAUCGGAGUGAGUAAUUUCUCGACAAAGAAGCUGGGGGAUCUUCUGGAAGUUGCCCGUGUUCCUCCUGCUGUUAAUCAGGUGGAAUGCCAUCCUUCUUGGCAGCAAAGCAAACUGCGAGAGUUCUGUAAAUCAAAAGGAGUUCACCUCUCUGCAUAUUCACCACUAGGUUCUCCAGGCACUACAUGGAUCAAGAGUAAUGUGAUUACUCAUCCAGUUGUGCUCUCGGUUGCUGAGAAGUUGGGGAAAACCCCUGCACAAGUUUGUCUUCGCUGGGGCUUGCAGAUGGGAAACAGUGUGCUUCCCAAAAGCACAAAUGAACGACGGAUCAAAGAGAACUUUGACGUCUUUGACUGGUCUAUACCUGAUGACCUAAUGGCCAAGUUCUCUGAAAUUGAGCAGGCAAGACUGAUUAGAGGCACAACUUUUGUGAGUGAGACCUAUGGCUCAUACAAAAAUCUUGAAGAACUCUGGGAUGGUGAAAUCUAAGUUUGCAGCUAAUCAUGCCUUUGCAUGUAGGGGACUAUGAAAAGAAGCGGUUGGCCUUUCAGUCUUGUUUCAUCAGUUCAUAAUUAAGACAAUUUUUAUUUUGUUUUGGGUGUGGAUAAUGCUGAACAUUUAUCAGGAUUCCUCCAUGUUCUACUGUUUAAAGUUCUUUAACUUCUCGAUUUGGAAAUUUCUUGCAUGGUGUUCCUGGUUUGACUAUUCUAUUCUUUUACUAUGUGGCUGAUUCUCAAAACAUAAUCAGACAAUAGUUCCUUGGCCGAUUUUCACCAAUUAUUAAGGCCUAAAAAAAAAUCUCAACUAGUUCCCAACAUAUUAAAUCUAGGUCUAUAAAAAAUAUACGGAAUAUAAAAUUACUCACCAAUGUGGGGGUGUUUGGAACCAAUUCUGAUUCUGCUUCUUUUUUAAAGUAGAAGUAGAAUCAAAAUCAGUUUUCAGAAGCUGGUCUCCCC